AUGUCUGCUUCUAGGGUUGUGCCCAGAUUAUCUUCACUUUCUCACAAACUCUUCAAUGCUAAACCAACCACACAUUCGAUUUCUCCAUUGAAAGCGAUCUCUCAAUCCCCGCUUUUCGCUUCACCAAAACGCAUUUCUGCUGUGUCAAGAUUACCAGUGGAGCUGAGCUGUUUAAUGUCUAUGAUGCCUUUGCAUAGCGCAAUUGCUUCUGCUCGUCUGAGAUCAUUUCUGUCUGUAGAGUCUCAGAGCUGGGGUUUGAUUCCCCAAGGCAUCUCAAUGCCUUUAUGA